AUGAGUAUACCAGCUCAGUACUUUCGAACCGCAUGUGAAGAAUGCCACACGCGAAAGGUACGUUGCAAACCAAGCCCAGACCAGGGCCGAGGCGGGACGACUCAAUGCGAAGCGUGCCGGGUCAAUGGCCGCAAGUGCCUUUUCUCUUUGAAAUCCAAGACCGGGCGACCUCGCAACACAACAGUCACAACAGUGCCUAAAUUUGACUCGAUAAAUUUACCGUCGCCUUUGCGUUCGCCGCCGCCAUUAUCCUCUUUUUCUGGAUCAUCAAACGCUACUUUAGACUCCCCCAGCCACGACUCCAGCGAAUACUUUUAUCUCGAGCUCCCUCCAUGGCCCAGCUCGAACAACGAUCCACGAAACCAGCUUCCUUUGAAUUUCACUACCAAUUCCGAACAAGGUAGCAGCAAUGCUUUCUCCGAAGGGCAAGAUGUCGCUGUAGUAGCAUGCAGAGGUUGCUCGGACGGAACAUGGCAAUUACCCAAGGUUACUUCGCCAACACAGAAUGUCUUAUCAGCUACAAGCGCGUGUAAUGAUGACCUGGCUGCAAGUUCUUGGAACGACAUCUGGGCUUCGGUGCUUCCGGGGGAUCCACGUGCACAGUCAACUCUGUCAUUUUACGACCAAAGUGCUGUAGGAACCAUGUCGAGAACACCAGCGUCCACAAAGACUUCCCCUCCAUGUGUGGACUGUGCUUCGAAAAGAAUAAAUGAACUACCGACUCUCGAGUACCCAUUUCCAUUUACCAUGAGGAAGCCCGAAACCAUUUCGGAUAUAGUUCGAACUAUAGAGCUCUGUAACCAAGUACGCGAAUAUGAGCAUGCUAUACCGGGGAAAAUAAUCAGCCUUCUCUCCACCAAUGAUGCAUCUGAGGUUCACGAAUUGCUCGGUUCGCUUGAGAAACUCUGUAGCAAGAUCUAUAGUAUUGUUCCCCAGCAAUCUCAAGCUGGGCAAAUCCGAGAUCAGCCUACGUUCAUAAUGGUCUUCACUGCGGUAAUGCAGGCAAUUGAACAGACUGUGGACAGACUGGGAAGUAUUGUCGAGUUUGAACAGGCGUGUCAAGCGGAAGACUCGCCCAUGAUGAGCAAUUCAAUGGUAACGGUUGUGCCUCAGCUCCAGAUAGAGCGCCUACUGUCUAUGACGAGACUUGAUUUCUAUCUUCUGCAGAUGAAAUCAUUCAUAACCCUCUUUGAUACUUCUCUGGAGCUUCUGGCUGCAGCUGAAUCAAUAUUGCGUCCGGCCGAGAGCUCCGCUCGACUACUGUCCUACCAUCGAUGCUUAGAAUCAAUACUAGAGCAAUGGAAGAAAGAAUGGCGCAAGUGA